UGCGAAAACGGAUGUUCCUGCUGCUACAGGCCCAUGUCUGAAAACCCAGACAGACGCUCACAUUUCACCAGAAAGUCAGCAACACUAGAUUACGUCGGCUAAAUCAAAACAGCAGCAGCAGCAGCAAAGAUGGAGUGUGCGUGGAAGCCAGACGAGCAAGGACUUCAACAAAUAUUACAGCUGCUGAAAGAGUCUCAGUCGCCAGACACGUCCACACAGAGAUCCGUCCAGCAAAGACUCGAGCAGCUCAACCAGUAUCCAGACUUCAACAACUAUUUAAUAUUUGUUUUGACAAAGUUAAAAUCAGAAGAUGAACCAACGCGCUCCCUGAGUGGGCUGAUACUGAAGAACAAUGUGAAAGCCCAUUAUCAGAACUUCCCUAACGGUGUGUCUGAUUUCAUCAAGAGCGAGUGCCUCCAAAACAUCGGAGACUCCUCGCCGCUCAUCCGGGCCACAGUGGGUAUCCUCAUCACCACGAUCGCUUCCAAGGGGGAGUUACAAAACUGGCCAGAGCUCCUGCCUAAACUGUGCCAGCUGCUGGAUUCGGAGGACUACAACACAUGCGAGGGAGCUUUUGGAGCCCUGCAAAAGAUCUGUGAAGACUCUGCUGAGAUCCUGGACAGCGACAUGCUGGAUCGUCCUCUUAACAUCAUGAUCCCCAAGUUCUUGCAGUUUUUCAAGCACAACAGCCCCAAGAUUAGGUCUCAUGCCAUCGCCUGCGUUAAUCAGUUCAUCAUCAGCAGAACUCAGGCUCUCAUGCUGCACAUCGACCCUUUCAUUGAGAACCUGUUUGCACUGGCGACAGAUGAGGAGCCAGAAGUGAGGAAGAACGUGUGCAGAGCUCUGGUCAUGCUGCUGGAGGUUCGUCUGGACCGUCUGCUGCCUCACAUGCAUAACAUCGUAGAGUACAUGCUGCAGAGGACUCAGGACCAAGAUGAAAAUGUGGCGCUGGAGGCCUGUGAGUUCUGGCUUACUCUGGCAGAGCAACCGGUGUGCAAGGAAGUGCUGUGUGGACACCUCUCACAGCUCACUCCGGUCCUUGUCAACGGGAUGAAGUACUCUGAGAUUGACAUUAUCCUGCUCAAGGGGGACAUUGAGGAAGAUGAGGCCAUUCCCGACAGCGAGCAAGACAUCAGACCCCGUUUCCAUCGUUCCCGCACAGUUGCCCAGCAGCAUGAGGGCGAUGGGAUAGAGGAAGAGGAAGAUGAUGACGAUGAGCUGGACGAUGAUGAUACUAUCUCUGAUUGGAACCUGCGUAAAUGUUCGGCAGCAGCUUUGGACGUUUUGGCCAAUGUGUUCAGAGAUGAUCUGUUGCUGCACCUUCUGCCCCUACUCAAAGAGCUGCUCUUCCAUCCGGAGUGGGUAGUUAAAGAGUCUGGCAUCCUCGUGCUGGGAGCUAUAGCUGAAGGCUGCAUGCAGGGCAUGAUCCCAUACCUGCCUGAGCUCAUUCCCCAUCUCAUCCUCUGUCUGGCUGACAAGAAGGCCCUGGUGCGCUCUAUCACCUGCUGGACGCUGAGCCGCUACGCCCACUGGGUCGUUAGCCAGCCACCAGAUGUUUACCUGAAGCCUCUAAUGACGGAGUUACUCAAACGUAUUCUAGAUAGCAACAAGCGUGUGCAGGAGGCUGCUUGCAGUGCCUUUGCCACACUGGAGGAGGAGGCUUGCACAGAGCUGGUGCCCUACCUGGCAUUCAUCCUGGACACACUGGUGUUCGCUUUCAACAAGUACCAGCACAAAAACCUGCUGAUUCUUUACGACGCCAUAGGAACACUUGCAGACUCAGUGGGGCAUCAUCUUAAUAAACCGGAGUACAUCCAGAUGUUGAUGCCUCCACUGAUCCAGAAAUGGAACCAGCUGAAAGAUGAAGACAAAGAUCUCUUCCCUCUAUUAGAAUGUCUGUCAUCUGUAGCCACUGCCCUACAGAGCGGCUUCCUGCCAUACUGUGAGCCUGUGUACCAACGCUGUGUUAACCUGGUCCAGAAGACCCUUGCUCAAGCCAUGCUUCAUCAGUCCCAGCCAGACCAGUAUGAGGCCCCUGACAAAGACUUCAUGAUCGUAGCUUUGGAUCUCCUCAGUGGACUGGCGGAGGGUUUGGGAGGCACCAUUGAACAGCUGGUCACUCGUAGCAACAUCCUGACCCUCAUGUACCAGUGUAUGCAGGACAAAAUGCCAGAAGUGCGUCAGAGUUCUUUUGCUCUGCUGGGGGAUCUGACUAAGGCUUGUUUCCAGCACGUCAAACCUUGCAUUGCUGAUUUUAUGCCCAUACUGGGUACUAAUUUAAACCCAGAGCUAAUAUCAGUGUGCAACAAUGCUACAUGGGCAAUUGGAGAGAUAUCUAUUCAAAUGGGGCCUGAAAUGCAGCCGUACGUUGCCAUGGUGCUGCACCAGCUGGUGGAGAUCAUUAACAGGCCCAAUACCCCAAAGACUCUUCUGGAAAACACAGCAAUAACAAUUGGUCGUCUUGGUUACGUUUGUCCUCAAGAGGUGGCACCCAUGCUACAGCAGUUUAUAAGACCCUGGUGCACCUCUCUACGAAAUAUAAGAGACAAUGAGGAGAAAGACUCUGCGUUCAGAGGAAUUUGCACUAUGAUCAGUGUGAAUCCGGGAGGUGUAGUGCAGGAUUUUAUAUUCUUCUGUGACGCAGUGGCCUCCUGGGUAAAUCCAAAGGAUGAUCUGCGAGACAUGUUCUACAAGAUCCUUCACGGGUUUAAGAACCAGGUGGGAGAGGAGAACUGGAUGCGCUUCUCGGAUCAGUUCCCCAUGCCACUGAAAGAGCGGCUGGCAACCUUUUACGGGGUGUAACUGUUUCCACAGCAGUGUGCCUCAUCACUGGGGUCAUUCAUGAUGGGAGACAAUAUAGGGAACCUCUUUUACCCAGGGAACAUGUUACCCUUUACUGGGGGGAAGGGUCUGCCUGAUAAGGGGAGGGAAGGGGUGCGAACCCCUCCCCGACCUGGUGGACGGGGUGGGAGGGAGGUGGUACCUGCAGAGCCCAGUGCCCCAAUGCACAGGCAAAGGGGGGAACGGGACUGGCAGAACAACCUUAUCAUGGGAGGAAAAUUCAUGUAAUCACAUCUCAAUCAGAAAUAAUGAAAUUUAUUACCUUUUUUCUCUCCAUUUAUUCCUCAAAAAUAAUUUUCUGUCACCCGAACUACUGAAAAAGAAUGGAGAAAAACUUUGCAAAACACUAUAGCAUUUGCUCUUUUUAAAAAAUUUUGGUUAGAUAAGGAGUUUGCACAUAUUGAAAGGUUAGUGCAUUAAAUGGUCUUCAGAGUAAUCAUUUCAGCCAUGUAGAUGGCAUGUGGCAGUAAAAUGAAACUGAAUUCUACCAGUGGAAGACUGUUGUUGAAACACGAUGUGAAGUCGAAGGUUCAUCGAAAGAUAUUUAACAGCUUAAAGCUAACGGAUAGCAGCCGAUGCUAAGAAUGCAUCCAGUUGGAGCCGACCCUGGAGAAUAUAGUUUUAUAAUGCUGCAUAUCACCAAGAAUUUUAAGUUAUCAUCCAUAUAGUUACCAGAUUAUUUCAGUGUUCCUAUUCCUUAGCAGGGCAAAGGCUGUUAAUUAUGUCACUGGAGGCACAAGAUUUUCUUUUUAAGAGCAGCUUUUCUGGGAAUAGGUAGCAUGCUUGUAUCAUUGUGGAAAGCUGUAGAACAUUUUAGUGAUGUAUGUUGCGUUUAACAGCUGUCAUUGCCCUGUGAUAAGGUUCUUCUUUGACCUUGUAAUUUAUCUAUUUACAGUACUUCUUUUGUUCGUUUUGUUUCCUCUACCAGAUAAUUACGGCAAUCAGCUGUAAUGUAGCAUGACUGGGUUUACACACCAAAAUUUUAGGAAAAUGUGUCAAAAUCUUGGCUGUGAUGUAACGUCGGAGUGAAUCUCUCAGUUUGGUCUUGUGGCGUGAAUGUGACAUGGACAUUCAUCAGCAAGCAUAUCAAGAGCUUUAGAUGCUUACAAUCCUUAACAUUGUCUGAGCCUCUCGCGAAGGGAUAAAAUGAAGGAGAAGCACGCAGGUUAAACAUCCUGUGAGUCGGUCAUCACCGGUCCUGUUUCUUGGGACUCGCACAACUACGAUGCAAAUCCUGUCUUGGUGAUUUUUUGUGACUUUGGCUGUCAGAACCAUGCAAAACCAUCGAAUCAAUGUUAGAUAUGUUUCUUUUUACGAUGUACUGAAGUUCUUUUUGUUAUCGGCUGUUUGGCUUCUUGUGCUAAAAGCAUGAUCUUGAGGAUGACUGUAAUGUUUUUGGGUGGUUGUGUUUUGUGGGGUACUUGGAUGCUUUCAUCUCUUGCAUGUUGGUGGCCCCUCACACCCCAACAUAUAGUGGGAGGGGGAUUUAAGGGAGGGAGGGUAGCUUCAAUUAAAGGUUUAAAAAGUACAUAGUGACCGUUUAUGUAUUGCAGCACUGAGACUUUUUUAACUUCACAUAAAUCUUGCUGGAGUGUUCUCCCUAAACUUUUACCCCAUAGCUGGAUGUAUAGUUUUUAAAUACUGUGAAACCACAACAAUGUUAAUUGUCUCUGGUUGUUUUGCGCUGUUGUAUUAUGUUUUUUUAAAGUGUAUAAGUUACAGAUAGCCUGAAUGUAUUCCAUGAUGGGUUGGAGAGAUUGGAAGAUUAUUUUUUAAUAUUGUUAAGGUUUUUUUUAAUGCCCUGCCAGUCACUUCUCUGCUGGCCAGAGUAACAAUUGCAGUAUUUUAACCCCUUGCAAUGCACAUGAAAGGCACUUAACAUUUUAAUAACAAGUGCUCGAGUUUAACAAUGUAGCCAAACCCUUCAGAAUAUGACCUUAGUGUUAACACGAAUCAAUAAUAAUGUAUUGCUGCUAAAAAAUGUAUUUAAUGAAUGCAAUAAAAAAGAAAAUCGUGAUGCAAUUGGGUCACUAGACUGUAAAAGUCGUUGAGUGUCUUGGAUAAAUUGAUGUAUUCCACAAUAUGAAAUGUAUAACAGGUCUCUUAGAUUAAGCAUUUAAUGAGGUAAACGAUGUUGAAUACAGAUAUAGAUUUUAAUGCAUCAUGGAAUACAGAGGCAAAUACUUGUAUGUGCCACAUCAUUUUGUGUUUUGAGGUGAUUUUGUCUGUCACAUUCCAGCUGUUUGGCAUGCAAAAAAAUGGAGUGAUCACGGCUUGAUGGGGUGUGUGCGUGUACACAGUCCUGUUAUUCUUUCAUUGAAAGAGUGUAGGUCUAUAGAACACACAUGAAAUAGUCCCCACCAUUACUGUGCUGUAUUUCUGACUUGACUGCUGCUAUACAUUGUAGGUGUGUUUCACUACUUGAAUAUGUGUUUUCUAUGUGUUAACCUCAGGUUGUCCGUGUUAAGUGUUGUUCUUAUUUGUUUUUAUCAUUUGCCCGAUGUGUACGCCUUUAUGCAUCUCCUUUUAAAAGAGAAAACUGAGAUUAGUAAAAUUUCGCCCUUUAUAUUAGAAAUGGAUGCCCAUGGGUGUUAAUUGACAUUAGUGUUAUAUGUGUGCAACACUGCUAGCUCUCAAAUGUGAAGGUAUGAUCAAACACUUACAGCUGAAAAGCAAGGGGGGAGAAGAAAUUGUGCUGACUUGUACCAACUUCAUGUACCUUUUUUCAAAACAAUGAUUGUUAUCAGACUAUGGUUAAUAUAUAGUAUAAUGUAUACAAUGCCUUGAGAGCAAAUACUUUGAGGUUUUGUUGGUGUUUUGCAAUAGUUAUACAGUAUACUGUAUCUGAAGAGACAGGUAAUGCCUAAUUUAAAAGCAAAGAAAUAGUUCAACAACUUGAUAUAAACAUAAUGUUUGCAAAUAUAAGUUUGACUUUCUAUGAAGCUUUAUUGAAAAAUUUGUAUUUUAUAAAGCACCCACCAAUAUUAAGGAAUGUCUAGUCAAAGAACUCCUGUAUUCUCAUCCUCAUUUAGCCUUCAAACUUGAUUAGACUAUCUGCCUUCAUCUUUUUUGCUAAUAAAAGCAAAAACAUAAUUUUGAUAGACACAGUUUGAUUUUCUUUUUUUUUUAAAUAAGCUGCUGAAUUUAAAAAAAAAAGUAAUACUUUUGGGGCCACCAAAUAUUUUGGAUCAUGCAAAGAAUCUAUAUUGUACUGUAGUAAUUUUGUAAUAUUUGUAAGAUGAUAUAGUGGGUGUGACUGGUUACCAUUGCUUGAAUCUGUACAUUGUUCCAAUAAAUUGUUUACAUUA